ACCUCGUCCGGCGCGCUGCUCGCCGCGCUCGACGUCCACUCGGUCCGCCGCACCGGCCGCGACUCGGUCGCCGUCUCCGGCACCGCCCCCAGGGAAGCCGUCCACCUCAAGCUCCCCGGCACCGGCGAGCGCUGGGAGGCCGCCCUGCGCGCCGCCGCAGCGAGGACACCCCCCACACUCGCCGACUUCGACGUCGUCUCCCCCAUUGGAAAGGGCGGCGGCGGAAGCGUCUUUCUUGUUAAGGCUGUUGGAGAGAGCCUCGCUAUGAAGGUCGUGCUUAAGUGUGACGCCUUUUAUAGCGACGGCAGUCUGAGAAGGGCCCUCGAUGAGAGGGUCGUCCUGCAGAUGGUCAGGGGAUUCCCGUUUGUCGUCCAGCUGCGCCACGCCUUUCAGACCGCCACAAAUUUCUACAUGCUCACCGACUUUUGCCGUGGCGGCAACCUCAAGACCACCUUGGCGAAGAAGGACAAGGGCCGCAUGUCGGAGUCCGACGCCCGCCCGAUCAUGGCCCAGAUAGUCCUGGCCCUGGAGCACGUCCACUCGCUCAACGUCAUGUACCGUGACCUCAAGCCGGAGAACGUCCUGCUUUCGGAGCACGGCGACGCCAGGCUGUGCGACUUUGGCCUGGCCAAGAUCAUCCCCACCGGCCGCUUCGGCCGCACCAAGAGCUUCUGCGGCAGCAACAGCUACAUGUCCCCGCAAAUCGUCUCCAGCAAGCCGUACGGCAUUGCCACCGACCUCUGGUCUUUGGGCGUUCUCUUCUUCCGCAUGCUCGCCGGCCGCGCCCCGUUCGACGACCGCCCGCGCGGCCUUGCCACCCGCAACUCACCCGCCGACAUCCACCGCCGCAUACAGUUUGCCGACGUCGAGUGGCCGUCCGUCCUCUCCCCCGCCGCCGUCGAGAUGCUCCAGGGCCUCCUCACGCGUGACGAGUCUUCGCGACUCAACCUCCAGGACCUCAAGGAGAGCCUCUUCUUCGAGCACGUCGACUGGGACGAGGUCCUGCGCAACGGCUAUGACCGCAUGGCCGGGGCCGCGCCGCCUGCCUCUGCCUCCGCCCCCGCCCCCGCCUCCGAUAAUGAUGAGCUCGCCAACUUCGACGCCGACAGGCUUCGCAGCCACGGCGUCGCACUUCAGGACAAGGAGCUGCGCCACGCGUCGGCGCGAAAGCCCCCGCGACAACACUCGAGCUUCGUCGCGCGCCAGACAUCCAGGCUCUGCGCCUUCUCCGUCCGCAAGCGUUCCGAGAUUGCCCGCAAGCCCAGGAGCACUUCUAUCGUCGGCUUCGGCUUCUCGACUGACAAUAGCUCUGACCCUAGCGGUAACUUCUCGCGCUCGGACGAUACGUUUAGCACUUCUUUCGGCAGCUCGUUCAACGUCAAACGCUCGUAGUGGAGUAGGUAGGCUAACUUGAUAGGAUUUCUUAUGUACAGUACCAAGGGUACAGUACAAUGAUAGUUAUGUACAAUUCCCACUAACUUGACUUUUGAAUCAACAACAUCGUCUUUUUUUUUGCCCAAA